AUGGCUUCCACAAGAUCCAACGCUCCGAAUGCAAAGUCGUCCUCACGGAGCAACGAACCUCCAGUCCUCGAAUCACGUCCCGCUUUCCCUAAACCAUGCUCGUCCUUCUGGCCAUUCAGGAGCAAGAACCAAGAUUCCGAAAUCAUGCAAUACAGAGUCAUCGACAAGGUCUAUCCGUUCGACAACACCAAGACCUUUACGGCCCUGCCGGAGCACUCCAAGUCCCCGCACCUAUGCGACUUCGAAUUGAUGCGCAAUGUGCAGAAAUACCUGCUCAAGAGCCGGUGGCGGAAAUCCUCGGUUGUCAAAGGCUGGACUGACUCCCAAUGA